CAAGAACAUUCUAGUCGAUAACGGUCUCAAUGCCAAGAUAGCAGACUUGGGUGUUUCUAGGAUUGUGAACAUUCAGCCUGGCCGGCUAGCUGCCUCGAUGACUCAAAUGCCAGGCACUGGUGUGUACAUGCCACCAGAGGCAGCUCAAGAGGAAGGGGUCACACGAUACAACACUGCCAUAGACAUCUUCUCCUUUGGUGUGGUAUCUCUCUUCACACUGACGCAAACCUUCCCCAAAGAUCUCAAACCUGCAACAUAUCGAGAUCCUGCUACUCGAAGAGUCUUAGGGCGUACAGAAAUCGAACGCCGCGAACAUUACAUCAUUCCAAUGAAAGUAGCUCUUGGUGAGAUCCACCCCCUAGUCCAGUUGACCCUCGCUUGCCUGGAGUAUGACCAAGAAGAUCGACCAUCUGCUUUGGUGGUGUUGAGAGGAUUGGAGGAGGUUGGAACAACACUCCCUCAGAACUGCACCCAGACCAAGCUGGAACUGAUUCAACCGGUGUCUGUGAAGGACGAAGAGAUACAGCAAGUUGCUGCUGAGAAGCAAGCUCAAAUUAAUUGUCUUCAACAGCAAAUCUUUGAAAAACAUGCUCAAAUCGAUCAAUUUCAAGAAGUCAUUGAUCGUAAGCAAACUCAAAUCUCUGAGAAAGACACUCUUAAUACUCAAUUACAAGCAUCUAUCGAUCGUCUUCAAGCUGAUAAACGAGAGCAAGUUCGUGGACUGGAAGAACUGACCACUCUCCAACAAGAGCAGUUGGAAGUUCAACGCAGAGAAAUUGAUCAUCUCUCCAGUUCAGUGAGGUCUCUACAGAUACAGCCUCGGGAGGACACACCUCAGGGCUCAGGACAGAGAGAGGCAACCACAAACAAAACCACACAACCAAUCAAGAUUGUUGAUUCAAGCACUGGAAACGCAUUGCUACCACACAAGUCGACCACACCACAACCAACUGUUCCUACUGCCAUCACCUUCAACUGGACAACAUGCAAGGACAUACCAGGGCGGAUGUAUGUGCUCAGUCAACCUGUGGCUAUCAACGGGAAGGUGUACAUGAGAGGCUGGAGUAACAGGACUGAGACUGUGCUAGUGUACACACCAGAUCAGGAUAGCUGGGAUGAGCUGCCACCUCCUCCAGUGGACCGCUUCACCAUAGCACACUGAGAGGUCGACUGCUAGUGGUUGGAGGUCGGAACAAGUCUACUAAUGAGAAGACGAAUACCAUCCUAACAUUCGAUGAGAGCUCUCGACAAUGGGUCCAGUCACUUCCCCGCAUGCCAAAAGCAUUAACUUUGCCAGCAGUUGUUGAAUAUCAGAACCAUCUGAUCUUUAUCGGUGGACAUGACUCAAACGACACUAGGAUAGCUGACGUAAACAUUCUGAACACAAGUAACAAAUGGAUCACAGCCGAACCACUUCCCAGCACUGGUGACUACAGCACUUGCCUAAUUGGAGACACACUGUAUCUUGUAGGUCAAAACACUAAAGAAGUGUUUCGAGUUCAUGUACCCUCCCUCAUAUCACGAGCCAGUUCUGGUGUGUGGGAAUCUGUCGCAAGUGUGCCGUUCUAUCACUCGUCUAUCACUCGUCUCCCAUCGCCAUCGGCAACACCCUCCUGACUGUGGGGGGUUGUGAAGGACUAGGAGGUCACACUACCUCAAGCAUCCAUCUGUACGAUCCCACUAAAGACCAGUGGACACAAUGUGGUGACCUUCCCGAGGAAAUGUACUGUUGUUAUUGCAUUGAACUAUCUGGCAAACUGUGUGUACUUGGUGGUGUUAGAGGUCUCAUCGGUGGUGGUAUCACUAGCAGUUCUGUGUACACAUCAAUCCCAUCUAUUACACACUAGUAGUUAAUUUUAAUUGGAAUUCCAUGUUUAUUAUAUAAUUAUAAGCAUCAUUAUCGUACAAUUAUGUGUCAGUUGAUUGAAUAUUGUUUCUGAUAUA